AUGGCCAAACUUUUCUCAGCUCUGCUUCUUCUGUUGCUGCUUCUGGUGGUGGUGAAGGCAGAGUCACACCCGGCAGCUGAUGGCUCCGGAAACAUUGAUUGUUUGGCGGAGUGCACCCGUCGCUGCAGCAAGGCCUCGAGGCACAAGAUAUGCAUGAGGUGCUGCAUGGCGUGCUGCCACAAGUGCAACUGCGUGCCUUCCGGGACUUACGGCCACGAGGAUGAGUGUCCUUGCUACGCCAACAUGAAAGAUAGCCACGGCAAACCCAAGUGCCCUUAG